AUGCGUUUCACCAUCCCCGGCGUCCUUGCCCUUGCUAUGGCUGGCAGCACCGCCGUUGCCGGCACCUUGCCUUCUCUCACCUGUCUCAAGGCACCUAGUGUGAUUCAGGCUUUCGACAUCAACCGAGGAUUGGGCAUCUGGCAAAAGGAGCUGUGCGACCAGGGGUGUGACAUUCGGUUGUCCAACUACCAGACCCAGAUCCGUGAGGUUGCCAUCUAUGCCAUCAAGACCGAGUCGGCCAACAUGGGCGCCUCCGAGCUAGUCCCCCACUACAUCACCCUGCUCGAUGCUUGGUUUGAUCUGCUUAUGAAAACCUGCGGAGCAUCUAAAUUUGGAGACGUCAACCUAUGCAGCCCGGACGUCCCAAUGACCCAACUUCUGCAGUGCAUGAAAUGGAACGCAUUCCAAACAGCAUGGGAAAACAGCGCUAGUAUCUGGCCAAUUCUGUCAACGCACUGCCAGAAGCAAUACGAUUUCUUCGCCAACGAUAACUUCCUCGUAAACGUGGCCCCAGCUCAUGCUCAGAAAUUUGCCGCGGAACAAUGCAAGAAAGUGUAA